AUGGUCAUUGACAGUACGCGCGCCUAUCGUCCGUUGUGGCGCUGCUUUCGACUGCUGGCACCGACGUUCUUUGGCGCCAGGUCACGUGCGGUUUAUGUCUAUAUGGUGUUAAUGCAUUUGCUGAUUACAGUGCUUUUCCCGAUUCAUCUGCUGCUGGGGCUGCUGCUGCCGACGACGACGCCGGUCCAGCUCUUCCAGAAUUUAACAAUGAGCAUCGUCUGCUUGUCGUGCAGCUUGAAGCAUGUCAUGCAAAUCUGGCAACUUCCACACAUGUUGGAGAUUGAGACAGCUCUCAGGCAGCUGGAUGAUUGUGUGCAGAGCGAAGAAGAACAUCAUUACUAUCAGAAUACGCUACAGAGACGAGUGAGCCGAUUUACCCGCUGCAUUUAUGCAACUUAUACCUUUGUCUACGUGCUCAAUGUUCCUAUUGCAAUCCUGACUCUACUGGCUGAGCCCCGCGAAUUACUUUACGAGGCCUGGUUGCCAUUCGACUGGCGACGUGGUGGCCUGCACUACUACUUGGCCUUUGGCUACCAGUACCUGAGCAUGGUGGCAGAGUGUUGUCAGGGCCUGACAAACGACAUUUAUACCCCGCUCACAUUGUGCAAUGUUAGCGCUCACAUACAUCUCUUUGGCAUACGUAUGUCACGUCUGGGAUAUAGCAAAACACCCGAAGGUCAAACAAAUCAGCAACUACGUUUAUAUUUCGAGGACUUCAAGCUGCUGAUGAGAGUUUACCAACUUACCCGAGAGGUUAUCAGUCCCAUACAACUCAUACAAAUAGUGUUCUGUGGCGUGAGCAUGUGCAUCAUUGUCUCUUAUAUGAUUUUCUAUGUGCGGGACGCAACCUCCUUUUUCUACCAUAUCGUGCUCUUGGCCGUUGUCUGUUUGCAGCUCUUUCCCAGCUGCUACUUUGCCAGCGUUGUGGCCGAGGAAACGGAUCAGCUGCCCUAUGCUGUUUUCUCAGGCAAUUGGUAUGAGCAGUCGAGGGGGUACCGACGCAACGUGGUCAUCUUUACCCAAUUAACUUUGAGACUGGCUAACCGACCCAUGAUGGCUGGAGGAUUGAUAACACUUAAUUUGAAUACCUUCUUUGCUACGCUCAAAAUGGCCUAUUCGCUGUUCGCGGUCAUUGCUCGUGUAAAGAUUAAUUAAAGUCUUCAAUUGUGUUUACCUCGAGCGGUCUUGCCUCUGUGGCUGUUAUUGAUC